CUUGUGGUUCCUUCUCUUUCUUCUCGCUGAUUCAUCAGUUGCCUUCAUUAAUGAUCCUAUCUUAUCACUUUAACUCAAUCUGUAUCAACUAAUAACUAACUCAAGUUUAACACCAUUAUAUACACCCGCAUCUUCACACACAUCACACACAUCACACAACACAAACCUUGUUCUUCUUCUUCUUUGUUCAUCACAACCACCAUCCUUAUGGAACAAACCCAGCCUCCGACCUCCAAGAUCUCAACGGUGGUGCCCGCAACCCCACGCGGCGACGAACAGACUGAGUGGCACCUCAGCUCCAUGGACCUGCUCCUGAAGCUCCACUACAUCAGAGCCCUCUACUUCUUUGACAACCACGCUGCUCAGGGACUCUCCAUCUACGACCUCAAGAAACCCAUGUUCCCACUUCUCGACCACGUCACUCAUCUCUCGGGUCGGAUCCGCAUCUCCGAGUCGGGUCGACCCUUCAUCAAGUGCAACGACGCUGGUGUCCGCAUCGCCGAGUCUCACUCCCACCUCACCCUUCGGGAAUGGUUCCAUCAAAACGGCUCCUCCCUUCAUCACGCUCUUCUCCCCAAUCAUGUGCUUGGUCCUGACCUAGGUUUCUCCCCUUUGGUCUUUCUUAAGUUCACUUGGUUCAAAUGUGGAGGGCUUUCUGUGGGGCUUAGUUGGUCCCAUGUUCUUGGAGAUGCUUUUUCGGCUUUCAAUUUCAUCACCAAGUGGAGUCGCAUACUCGCGGGUCACGCGCUGCCCAAAACCCUUCACGUCCAACAUCACAGACCAACUCCAUCCCCACCACACAACAAUGGGAAUCAUGGGACUCCCAUUUCCGUUAAAAUGGCCACGACCGUAGAGGAUCUUUGGCUCGCCACAAACGACACCAAGAUGGUUACUCACACUUUCCACGUUACUCCCAAUCAGCUUGACCAUCUGGUAACGUCCAUGUUCACAUGCGACGAAAACCAAGCCGACGAUACCUCGUACUUCAAGAUUCUAUCGGCUCUGUUGUGGAAACACGUGGCACGCAUCAGAGACUCGGAGCCAAAGAUAGUGACUGUUUUGACACGUGGUGGUGGCUCGGAUGACUUUCCGGCCAAUGACGUGGUUAUAAGUGUGGUUGAAGCAGACGUGGCGGUUGGAAAAUCCGACGUGGCGGAUUUGGCGAAGCUGAUUGGUGAGGAGAAAAGGGUUGAGAAUGGCGUUGUGGAGAAGUUGGUGGAAGAGAAGGAAGGGAAAGAGAAUUUGGUGGUUUAUGGAGCAAGAUUGACUUUUGUGGAUUUGGAAGAAGAUGGUAUUUACGAGGUUUUGUUGAACGGAGAGAAACCGGUUGUGGUGAAUUGUGGAGUUGGUGGGGUGGGUGAUGACGGUGUCGUUUUGGUGCUGCCGGGAUUGCAAGACGAAGAAGAUGGGAGGAGUGGGAGAAUGCUGACUGUUACUUUGCCUGAAAAAGAAGUUGAGCAGCUCAAAGAGAAGCUAAGAGAAGAAUGGGGUAUUCACUCACUUGCAUUUUGAUCAUCCAAGUGUAACUUCAUAAGCCAAACUAUUAAUAAAAUUGUGGUUUAAUGUC